CGGUGGCGGGAGCGUGCCCGGUCCCCGCCCCUGGUUCCCACUCUCUUUUCCACCUCCGACCGGCCGGGGCUCCGGAACGGCAGCGCUCGCCGGUGCCCGGAGCCGCCCUGUUACCGCUGCCUUCUUUUCUCCGCUCUCGGCGAGCUCGUCAGUCAUCUGGGCCAUGGAUGGCGGGGAUCAGAUGAGCUUCUUUCUUCUGGUGUUAUCAACGGACCUUCUACCAUGAACAAUUCUACUUCUGCAGGCGUUUAUGCUAACGGGAAUGACAACAAGAAAUUCAAAGGAGAUAGACCUCCCUGUUCACCCUCCCGUGUUCUACAUCUUCGCAAAAUUCCAUGUGACGUCACCGAAGCAGAGGUCAUAUCAUUAGGCCUACCAUUUGGCAAAGUAACUAAUCUUUUGAUGUUAAAAGGAAAAAGCCAGGCUUUCUUAGAAAUGGCUUCUGAGGAAGCUGCUGUUACUAUGGUAAAUUAUUACACUCCUGUUACUCCUCAUCUUCGAAGCCAGCCUGUUUAUAUUCAGUAUUCCAAUCACAGAGAACUUAAGACUGACAAUCUGCCUAAUCAAGCUAGAGCCCAAGCUGCGCUACAGGCUGUCAGUGCUGCCCAGUCAGGAAACCUAGCCCUUCCUGGAGCUCCUUCCAAUGAAGGCACAGUCCUACCUGGGCAGAGCCCUGUGCUCCGAAUAAUUAUUGAAAACCUCUUUUAUCCUGUUACUCUCGAAGUUCUUCAUCAGAUAUUUUCUAAAUUUGGCACAGUCUUGAAGAUUAUCACCUUUACAAAGAAUAAUCAAUUUCAAGCCUUGCUUCAGUAUGCUGAUCCAGUGAAUGCACAUUAUGCAAAAAUGGCUCUGGAUGGCCAGAAUAUCUAUAAUGCAUGCUGCACUCUGCGUAUUGACUUCUCCAAGCUCACCAGCCUUAAUGUGAAAUAUAACAAUGACAAAAGCAGAGACUUCACUCGCUUAGACCUUCCUACUGGUGAUGGCCAGCCGUCUCUUGAACCUCCUAUGGCUGCUGCUUUUGGUGCACCAGGUAUAAUUUCUUCGCCAUAUGCAGGGGCUGCUGGAUUUGCCCCAGCCAUUGGAUUUCCUCAAGCUACAGGUCUAUCUGUCUCAGCUGUUCCUGGAGCCCUUGGUCCUCUUACACUCACCUCCUCUGCAGUCACUGGAAGGAUGGCCAUUCCUGGGGCAAGUGGUAUACCAGGAAAUUCUGUUCUGCUUGUCACCAACCUCAAUCCUGAUUUUAUCACACCACAUGGGCUUUUUAUCCUAUUUGGAGUGUAUGGUGAUGUGCAUCGAGUGAAGAUUAUGUUUAAUAAGAAAGAAAAUGCCUUGGUUCAGAUGGCAGAUGCUAAUCAAGCUCAACUAGCAAUGAACCAUCUAAAUGGUCAGAGACUUUAUGGAAAAGUGCUUCGUGCUACAUUGUCCAAACACCAAGCAGUUCAGCUUCCUCGAGAGGGACAAGAAGACCAAGGUCUGACAAAGGAUUUCAGCAAUAGUCCCUUGCAUCGUUUUAAAAAGCCUGGCUCUAAAAACUUCCAGAAUAUCUUCCCACCAUCAGCCACUCUGCAUCUUUCCAACAUUCCCCCUUCUGUGACAAUGGAUGACCUGAAGAACCUUUUCACAGAUGCUGGGUGCUCAGUGAAGGCUUUUAAAUUCUUCCAGAAAGAUCGCAAAAUGGCACUCAUUCAGUUGGGAUCUGUGGAAGAAGCAAUCCAGGCCCUCAUUGAGCUUCAUAAUCAUGAUCUUGGAGAAAAUCACCACCUCAGAGUUUCCUUCUCAAAAUCUACCAUAUGACCUUCUGUGAAUUUUUCUCCUUAAACUGGACCACUCUUUCAGUAAAACCUUCAGGCAUAGACUGAAGCAGCUCAAGACCAACUCUGCCUCUUUCACAAAAAAUAAUAUUUGAAGUUUGAUUGAUAGUCAAGUAUAUUCAAAACAAAAGAAACUCUUCUUUUUCCAUUUUACUUACCCCUUGCCAGUAUAUGAUGAAAGGUUUGAUUUUCCUUUGUACCAUGGUUUCUAUGAAAAUAACUUUCAGGUAAAAAGAUCAGGAAAAAUAUUUUUUCAAUAAUUUAAUUCCCAACAUUAGAUUUCAAAAGGACAGACUUGCUUUUAGUUUGGGUCCAGAUAGCCUUACAUGACAUUUCUAAUCUCCUUUGUACUUUGAGAAAUUUAAACACACGGACUUUUAAAAUUACUUGAUGUAAUUUAAAUCACUUAAACUAAGUUUUUAACUUGAUGAUUCAGAAGUUUCCCUGUUAGGAAUAUGUUCACUUAUAAAUUACAUCAACAAUUUACCAUCUAUUGAUAAUUAUUAUGCAUAACCACAUUGAGUUGUAUUGGGAACAGAUUCAUAAACAUGCAUGUUUUCUUUGAAUGAUUUCUUUUUCACUGUAUGACACUCCUUUAAAGAAUAAUGCAUAUCUUCACUUUUUAAGACCAUUUGGAAAAAUGGAAGUGUUACAACUGUACCCAGGUGAAUUAUCUGGGUCUGUUAAGAUGUUGGAAUGAUUAGUUCAAUAGAAAAACACCAUGUUUUAAAUUUCAAAGUGACACUUAUUUCUCAAGAAACAUGAUCUUAGAAAAUUUUAAAAGAAAAACAAUCCUGCUUAUAAACUACUUUUUUAUAAUUGUUUUCAGAAAAAAGUUUACAGUCUUAAGAAAAAUAUUCAGGUCUAUCUAUCAUAUGGUUUGACAGAUUUUUUAGAAGUUAUUUUUGGUAAGGUCUUCUUUUAAAAAAUUAAUCUCAAGGGUUUUUUGUACCACUAUAAUCUCUAAUACUUAUUCAGAAUUACUGUGUAUUUACUUAAUUUCUUAUUAUGUGCCUUAUUAUGUGCUUAAGAAUACAAUAGGUUAGAGUUUUAUCUAAAUAUCUUGAAUGAUAAAUCAUGGGCUUGGUGAGCAUUUUGUUAUUUCUUCCCCUGUUGUGGUAAGGAUUGUAAAGUUUUUUGUUUUUCAUUGCAUUUUAAGUGGUUUUCAAUAAGUUUUCAUUCAAAAUUUUGGUGCUUUGGUGUUAGAGAUGGUGUGGGGGAGGGUAAAUGGUUUUGGAAAUAACUCAGUGCACACUUGUAGGCCUCUUUAUAUUAUGACUGGUAUUAUUGCCAGGUACUACAUACCAAUUUGGAGAUACAGAUUUGCAAUCUCAUUUUCUGGAUCAUAUUAAUCUUUAUUGCCCAUUAGGAUUUGUCUCAGGAUUACUUAAUUUUUUUUCUCAGUACUCUUAGUGAGAACUUGGCUUUUUUUAACGGAAUAUCAUCACUGAAUGUUCAUAUAUUUGGCGUAUGAGAAGGCGGGUUAUUUUUUUUAUACUCUGUCCCCCUUCAUUUUUAGUUGAAUGUAAAAGUACGUGUUCAUGAUGCAUUAGUGAUUGUAUCAUGUAAAAUUGUUUCCUUAUAUGAAACUGUGACCAGAUUUUUUUAAGUCAAAAUUUGUCAGGAGAUCAAUUUUGUCCAUCUUUUUUACACCUUCCUAUUCUUAUUGUGGCUCAUCUCAACCUUAAAAGAGGAUCUCAGCUUUUUGCUUUCAGCUGUUAAUUAGAAUAUAGGGAGAUAGUUUUGUUUGUUUGUCUCAAAAAGAAAUUUUACAGAAAAAUAGAAGGUGAAAUUACAGGUUGUUUAAAAAUUAGAAUUUACUCAGCACUGAGUAACAGCUGAUGGAGCAGGACAGUAAACACCAGCUUGAGGACUUUUAGAUGUAUCAGUUGAGUGUUGGCUGAGUAGAUAGUUACAGUAAUUCUCUAGUUGGGUGUUUUCCUAUUUAUAUUUGGAAUAUAUAUAUAUUUGAAUACUAAGUAGGGGAUGAAGGAAAAAGUGGGAUAAUCUCCCCAAAUUUGCCCUUUUUUUCCCUUUCCAUAGAGGCACUGUAAUAAUUUUCACUGGUGUUUCAAAUUGGAUUGCUUCAUUUGUUUUGAGUUGGGACUUAACUUUGUAACUUACUCAUGAUUCUCAUAACAUCCAGCAUAAGUGUAGCAAAAGUUACCGAAAGCAGAAAGGAAACCAUAAUGGUGUUGAAUGUAAUUCUAAAGCAGGGAUGGCCUUUAAAUCUGAGAGAACAUUUGAAUCCUUUCAGGGAUUUGUGUAGAUAGAUAUGUAUGUGUGUGUGUGUAUGUGUGUAUACACAUAUAUAUGUAUAUACAUACAUACACUUUUAAUGUUUAUAUACAUAUGCACAUUUCAUACAUUUUAAUUGAUUGGCAAAAAGAACCAAAUUAAGAUUUGGAAAAGUGGGAUAUUUUACAAGAGCAUUUUUGAAGUCAUCAGAUUCUGUCUAAAAUUAGCUGUUGCAUAUGAAUGUUGUCCACAUUUCACUCUUUGCUGUUUAAAUUAUAGAGGUCUACAAUAUUUGUGUUGACAUUGUUUUCAUAAAAGUAAGGUAUCAGGGUGGUGGAAAAAUUAGACCUGUGUCUUUUUAUUUUGGCAUGCAUCUAUUUAAUAUCUUCUGAGCAAUGAUUUCUUUUCACUAUUGGCCUGUGAUAAUGUUAAGUUUAUUUACUAUUCUUGGGGUUAUUGUCAUAUCACUUUUCAAGAUAUCUUAAUUUUUACACAAAGCAUCUAGAUUCAGGACUUUAAAAAAUAGCAGCACACAUUUAACAAUAGCAACCCCUGCUAAAAUGUUUGUUUGAUUUUUAUGAAAUUUGUAUAACUUAAAAUACAUGUGUUCUGUAUAAGAUAAAAAUAGAACAAUUAUACAUUAUCUUAAUUGACAAUUUACUGGAGAGUUUCAGAAUUGCCCAGUAGCUCAUAGGAUGUCAUAAAAUCUCUAAGAGUAAAUAUUGUAAUGGGUUAUGUGUAAGUAAUGCUUGAACUCAAUGUUCAGAGCUGUCAUUUCCUGCGUUCAUUGGCUCCACCUGCUAUGAUGAUUAUGAGUUCUACUGCAGUCUCAGAAUUGGCUCUUAGGAGCCAGGGGUGGGGGGGAGGGGAAAGGCCAGGCAUGGUGGUACAUGCCUUUAGACAGAGGCAGAGGUAGGAGGAUUGCCAAGAGUUCGAGACCACCCUGAGACCACAUAGCGAAUUCCAAGUCAGCUUGAGCUAGAGUGAGACCCUACCUUGGAAAAACCAAAAUAAAUAAAUAGAUAAAUUAAAAAGUGGGUUUUUUUUAAAAAGCCCUUUGGAAUCUCUGUUGUCUCAGAACCUGUCAAGACUCCAUGUCAUCAGGCAGUGAUGUUUUUAUUCUGUUUCCAAUAAAUAUUUUUGGGGAAAAAAGUGACAAACUCAGAAAUAAACUUUUUUGUCCUCCAGUGAGUCCUCUAAGUCUACUAUCCAUAUUAUCCCUUAGAAAACCUAAUGUGUACUGCUAUUUUUAAAACCAAAAAAGCAUGACUAUGAGCAAAACAUUUUUCUUAGCCUUUCUUUUCUCUUGACCUGUUGUUAAUGGGAAUAAAACUGCCAGAUUUAAAAAUAUCUAUUAUUGUGCUAAAAACAAAUACAAUUUAGAAUAAUUGUACAUAAUUUUAAAGUGUAACUCAGCUGUCUUUUAAAGGGUUAUGUUAACAACAAGACUAUUAACAGUCUUUUUUCAGAGCAAAUCCUAACAGCUACUUGUGAAUGGUUUAAAAAAUAGAAAAUUACUGUAAUGUUGAUUGGUUUUUUUUUUUUUUUUUUUUAAGGGAGAAAACCAAAACAGGACCAAAGUUUAUGUGCCUUCUUCAGUAGUCUUAAUUGACCUUUUCUUCCUAUUUGAGAACUGAGGUAGUUUCAGUAUUCUGGUUUUCAGGAAAUAUAUACUACAUAGUUUUCAAAGAAUGUUGUCCCACAGACUAGUCAGACAAGAAAAUAGAACUAUAUAAAUGGAAUCUCAGUUAAACUUGCCUUUGUCACAUAACACAGAGCAGUUUGCUGGCUCAAGAACAGAGCUACUCUAAUGUUUAUGGUAGUCUGCUUAUUUUUUGACAACCUGAGGCAUGUGUUCCAGAAAACAGGGAUAUUUGUCUGGUCCGAUGACCUUGGUGGUGAUAAUAGUCAUGAUUGAAAGCUGCUUCUGGCAAGCUUACUUUAUUUAACACUGUCACCAGAAUUUUGUUAUGUUCUUUGUAAUAGUUGUAAAAACAAAUAUUUAAAUAGCUAUUUUUUGGUGUCGUUAAGAAAAUCAUAGCUCUUGACUGCCUUUCUCCCCCCACCUUAUCAUUCAUUAUUACUCAGAUCUUUAAAAAUUCAUCCCAUAUUCAGAAAAAAUUAACUAUAAAGGUUGCUGACCACAUCAAUUUUUUCAUCAAAAUGUCACCUCAUUGCUCUGACCAAAGACUGACUAUUCUGAUUUUUAACUCAUCUGUGAAGCAUUUUUCCCAAGCUCUUUUCUUAAAGACCCAGUGUAGAGCAGCCUUUACUUUUCUAUUUCCCAUUGGUGAAUAAACUACUUAGAGAAAAUGGGAGUUUAAAUGUGAACAGAAUGGAGUGGGACAACAAGGCUUUGAUUGGCAUUUUCAGUACUGUAUUUGAAGGAAAAAAACAUAGCACAGCUAGAAGCCUCUGACAUUGUCUAGUGUUUUAUGUGGUCUGUUCAUAAAAUUUCCUUUUUCUGUUUGUAAGAAUGUUCAUCUAACGGAUGAAAAUGCUGUAAAUAUUUGUAACAACAUUUUUUAAGCCAGGCCAAAAAAUAAAAAGUGGUUUUCGGGAACAAGUUAACAUAUAAAGUGGUUUUAUAUAAAACAUCAAUUGUCUUGUAUAUUUUGAUAAGCAGCAGUACCAGCUUUCAUUUGUAAUACAGUUUGUGGUAUUGGAAGAAAAGGAUUCUGUGAUUGUUGAAGUGAAUUAUGUUAUAAAUGCAAAGAGAAGAUAAAAUAUUAAAAAAAAACAUAUUUUCUACAUGUGUAGUGCAUGGUUAAUUCAAGCUUCUGUACACUACAAUAUUUAUUCCAUUUUCCUUCAGUUUGUAUAUUUGCUAACUACUACUUGGAAUCUCUAAUCUCUUUUCCUAACAAGUAUAGCAUUGUAGCAUGCCUUUUAAUAAAUGUCAUGACAUCUGUACUCUCCUAAA